AUGAGCGAGCACCUCUUCAGUCCUGAUAGGAUCGACAGCGUCCAGAAUGCAGACAUGGGGAUGCAGACCGAAAUCCCGCGUCUGCGGUCCACCAAGAAAGAAUACCCCCCUGCUCAUUAUCUUUGUGACGGAAGGUCGAGGAGGACGGAUUCAUCCGCUGGCAGAGCAACUGAAAUCUCCUGUCAAGUCGAUAUUCAUCCAGACAAAACAACCAGCACUCCAGAGCCACAAGCCUCAAUCAAAAUCUCCAAGCACAAGCACAUCUUCUUCGAUACUUCUGCUCCCAGCAAGAAAGAAAUCUCCAGCUUCAUCAAGAUGUCUGUCCUCUCCCGCGCCGUCCAGCUUGCCUUUGUCGCACUUGGCCUCUGCCUCUUCUUCUCCAACUUGGUUGCUGCUCAGCCCAUCGCCGGUCCUUCCCUCGGUGUCUCCGUCAAGUCCGUCAACGGUGUGUGCCGCACCAACAAGCCAUGCGAGCUCGAAGUCACUGUCCGCAACACCAACACCAAGAAGCCCGCCACCGUCUUGAACUGGAACACUCCCCUUGACCCCUAUGCCGACCAGCUCGGUGUCUUCGAGGUCCGUGACAGCAAGGGCGCCGUCGUCCCUCUCGACUUCAUCCAGAUCCGCCGCAUCACUCCUCCCCCAGCCUCCGACCUCGUUGAGAUCAAGGCCGCCGGUUCCGUCAAGGUCAAGGUCGCUCUCGAGACUCUCUCCCGCGCUGAGCUCCCAGCUGGAACCAAGUACACCGUCACCGCUACCGGUUGGUGGCAGGCCGUUUGGGACCAGCCCAAGGAGCAGGUCGUCCAGACUCACCUCCAGGAGCUCUCUGGCGCUUUCUCUGGCAACUUCAACUCCAACUCCGUCCAGGUCACCAAGGUAUGUUCAUCCAGCAGUCCGUAA